AUGCUCCUCGAAACGUCGUCGACUGCGGUAUUUGAAGCCGCGUCGUGCUUGACACUGUCGACGCAAUGGCGCAUGGGUGUCGCGGUUGCUCUUCUAUGCGCGGUCGUCGCGUCCGUGUCGGUGAUGCUCUACGCAGUCGAGGACGCAUACGGCCUCCAUUGGACCUACCAGCGCACGCUUCAAGUCUCGGUCGUAUUGCUUCUCGGCGUUGGCGGUGGUAGCUACGCCGAGUGGCAUUUUCAAGGGUCGGUUCUGAGCGACUAUGGCGUCGGCCGUCUCCUUGGUGUGCUCUUACCCCACACACUGUUUCUCACCAACCUCCUUCCGCCCUUGUACCAGCUCGGUGUGUGCCACCGCGCGGUGGAGCCCACGGCGGCGACGCACGACGACGUCGCGCUCUUUCACCGGUUUCUUCGGCGCCCCGACGCGUACCUCGUGUUUCUUCGCUACUGCCGCCUUGCGCUGCGACUCGAAGAGCUGCUGGCAUGGAAAGCGAUCGAGCGCGUUGACCAGAAGCCAUGGACGCUCGUCAGCAGCUGGAAGCUCUACACGCGCUGCAUGGAUACCUCGGCGCCGUUCUUGACAGACACGGGUCGGCGCUGGCAGCCGUACUACAUGAUCAAGCUCAAGAGCCAUCCAGCCCGACGACACGCCGCUACCGCCCGGUUUCUUUGAGCCGUUGAUGGCCGACCUCGUGCGGGAUUUGAAUCUUGACGUGCUGCCUUGGUUUGAACGCCAUUCGCUCGGUAUGGCGUGGCUCGAAUUCCGCUUCUACAACGUACACGCGUCCCAGCGUGCGCCGUCGGGCAGCGGCCGCACGCACUCGUCGGUCGCGACGGAGCUCGUUUGUGCUCUCGGCGCCGCUCGAG